AUGGUGGACGGCACCAAUCCCCCGCUCAGUUAUGAGGCAUCGGCCACCACGACCCAUCCUCAUAUCGCAACCACUCUACCGCCUGAGGUUGUGUCCUGCCUCAAAAACUCCCGCUUUCUGCACCUGGCAACAUGCGAUGGUCUGACGCCCCACGUUUCCCUCAUGUCCUAUACCUACCUUCCCGCCACUCCUUUUGACCCGCAUCCAACCAUUAUCAUGACCACCAACCCGGCCUCCCGUAAGACUAUCAAUCUCGAAUCCAAUCCGCGUGUGUCUCUUCUCGUCCACGAUUGGGUUUCGCAUCGUCCGCCUACCCGGAGUCCCAAUCCUGCGGGGGCACGGGACGGUUCCCCGCCCCCGGCAGCCACCGGCUCCUCCCUUGCCAGUUUGUUGCUCAACCUGAAUACGAGUGCUCUCUCUAGCAUCUCAACUACCAUAACAGGUACUGCACGGUUCGUGGAGCCGGGCUCGGAGGAGGAGCGGUGGUGCAAAGAGAAACAUCUGGAGAACAACACGUUUGUGACCGCCCCUGGAGAGGAGAUUCCUCUAUUCGGGCAGCGGCGCGGUAGUGGGGUGGCAGAAUAUCCCAGCAUCGAUGACAGCAGCCGUGUCGUCACGGUACAGGUAAAACAAGGCCGGAUUGCGGACUGGAAAGGCGGGGUCAGAGACUGGUUGUUAGUUAGUGAGGAUGAGGAACAGGAGGCUCGAGCAAGAGUCGGCCUCAAUGGCGUGGUAUCCUCGUAA